AUGCCGCCUCCGAGUCGACGUGUGAAGAACGCCCGAGCGAUCCCACGGGCUGAUGGCCGCUUUGCGCCAAAGGCUGCAGUGAUUGAAAGCAGCCCGGGGCUGGAAGACAUUGAGGAUUUUCUUUGUCCGUGUCAUGGCAGGCUCUACCGUCAAGUCGCCGGCACGAAGACAUUCUCGACGCGCGUUCUCGAGAUUGGCAAGAACAACGAAGGCUACUGGACGUCAGAUCACGUCAUCAACCAAGUGAAUGAAGAAGUCUUGGUUGCGUUCGCCGAGCUGCACCCGAAUGCGAUCGCCCUAUUCACUUUCGACCAGUCAACCAACCACGCAGCGUUUGCCCCCGAUGCCCUCCGCGCCUCGAACAUGAACAUGAACCCCGGUGGCGCUCAAGCCAUCAUGCGUCCCGGCAACUUCCCGUGGAAGCCGCUGCUCAACCGCCUCGUCGGCGACACCUACCCCGUGGCCGUCGCUCACUUUGCACCCCACCACGCCACGCGCGCCAACCUCGCGCUGCACUUUGUGUGCCUCCUCGUGCAGCUCUCGGGCAACUUUUGCUUUCUUACGCUGUUGGACGAGACAUUGUUUGGCUCGAGCGCGCGUCCGUUCUCGCUGGCGACGGCGCUGCUCUGGUCGGUCUAUUUGGUGCUUGGCGCGACGACCGCACCGCUCUGGUGCAACGUGGCUGCGGUUGCGAGCAUUUUAGCGGCGUACGCUGCUGCGCCAUUGCUUCUCCAGCAGCCGACGGCGUUGGUGCUGGUGCCGCUGGUGCUGUACGUCAUUGUUGCGCUUUCGUAUGCAUUCUUGGCACGUGGACUGCCACGUGUUGUGCCCGCCGUUCUCGCAACGCUCUUGUUGGCGGUGGUGCAGAGUGGAUGGACGUACCUCGCGUCACUGCCACCCGCGCCGAUCGACGUCGUGGCACCGUCGACGAUUGGCUUUGGUAGCGUCUUGGUGCUCUUGGCCGCGCUGCCGAAUCCCGCUGUCCCCACGGUCGUCUUUGGCGCGCUUGUCGGCCGGUCGCUCGGUCUUUGGACCCGCCGGCCACUCCUGACGUUAUACUGCUACGGGUACUUUGGCGCGCUUCUGCAAGGCAUCGCGCACCGCCUUGUAAACGAGCAAGCGACGCUCUUGGCGCUCGAAGACGAAGAGUCGAUGAAGAAGGUCCGCUACGAGUACGCCCACGUGACGUACUUUCCGACGUUGCUCUUUGAAGGGAUCUACAAGGCAGCGAAUCGCCCGCGCCAUACGAAGAAGGCUGCGUAGCGCAUUUCCGCGCGAUUUACUCAAAGUGGAUUUGUGUUCGUAAGCAAAAUAAUGGUUUGAUGGUCUUGCCAGCUCGG